AUGAAGUGGUGGAACAAGGGUUGCAUAUACCUGGCGUAUAUCGCACUCAUAUCGAAAAAUAGCAAUGCAGAGCUCAUACCUGCGAAGAACUUCACAUCUAGAGAUUAUUUUGCUGUUGAAUCUCAUCUAUCGGCGGCGGAGUUAUCCAAAUUACAUCCAGAUUGGACCUUUGAACAUCUGGUGAGGGGUCUAGAUAACCACUACGUGUUUUCGGUUGCUAAAUCCGAGAAUGAGGAUGACAUAGACUCAGGCAACUCUUUGAGGAAGAGAGCUAUUGAAAAUGAGGAUCAUAUCCUAUCGUCUGAGUUUUUAACACCUUCAAAUAAACUACAGAAAAGGAUGCCCGUACCAGCACCUCCUCUAGAUUCUAGCAUGCUGCCGAUACAAGAAAUCAAGGAUAAAAUAGGCAUCAAUGAUCCAUUGUUCCCCAAACAGUGGCAUUUAAUAAACCCAGCAUUCCCAGGGAACGAUAUAAACGUAAAGGAUGUCUGGUUGCAAAAUAUAACAGGUAAAGGUGUAGUUGCCGCAAUCAUCGAUGAUGGUGUUGACUAUACUAGUCCGGACUUAAAAGACAAUUUCUGCAAAGAAGGAUCGUGGGACUUUAAUGAGAAUCAACAACUCCCAAUGCCUCUUUUGAGCGAUGAUAACCAUGGUACUAGAUGUGCUGGUGAGAUUGCUGCAAUAAGAAAUAAUAAUUACUGUGGUGUUGGCGUUGCAUAUGAUGCAAAAGUCUCUGGAAUUAGAAUAUUAUCAGGCCCUUUGACAGCAGAAGAUGAAGCUGCUUCUCUAGUCCAUGCUUUAGACGUUAAUGAUAUAUAUUCCUGCUCCUGGGGACCUACAGAUGAUGGAAAACAUUUACAAGGUCCCUCACCUUUAGUUAAAAAGGCAAUGAAAAAAGGUGUCACAGAAGGAAGAGGCAAUAAAGGUGCAAUUUAUGUAUUUGCUAGUGGUAAUGGUGGCAUGCAUGGUGAUAAUUGUAAUUACGAUGGGUACACCAAUUCUAUAUAUUCAAUUACAGUUGGUGCCAUCGAUCACAAAGGUUUACACCCACCGUACUCCGAAAGUUGUUCAGCAGUACUUGUUGUCACCUAUUCGUCUGGCUCAGGUGAAUAUAUUCACUCUACAGAUAUUAAUGGUGGCUGCUAUGAUAGGCAUGGAGGUACUUCUGCUGCCGCCCCCAUUGCUGCUGGUAUUUAUGCACUUGUCUUGGAAGCUAAUCCAAAUAUUACGUGGAGAGAUAUGCAAUAUUUAUCAAUUCUUUCUUCAGAAACAAUUGAAAAUAACCUUGAGGAUGGUGACUGGCAAACCACUAAAUUGGAGAAGAAAUACUCACACAAAUAUGGUUACGGUAAGUUGAAUGCUCACAAUAUAGUUGCUUUGGCGAAAGAUUGGGAAAACGUUAAUCCACAAGUAGAAUUUGCCACUGAUAUUAAAGAAGUGAAUGAAGAGACAGACAAAGAAGAUAAACCAAUUGAAUCGACAAUCGAAAUUACUGCAUCAGAUCUGGAGAAGGCCAAGUUCAGAUCUGUUGAGCAUGUCACUAUUAAUGUUGAUAUUAGCACUGAAAAUAGGGGCACAACGACAAUUGAUCUAAUAUCUCCAUUUGGUGUAGUAUCUCAUCUAGGUGUUGUUAGACGCAAGGAUGACUCCAAUGAAGGCUUUAGAGACUGGACGUUUAUGAGUGUAGCUCACUGGGGAGAACUUGGCUCUGGUGAAUGGAAAUUGAUAGUAAAAACUACCUCUGACGACGACAAAGUCGAGUUUCAUAGCUGGAGUAUAACACUUUUCGGAUUGUCGGAAUACUCAGAACAGAAGUUAAAAGAAGGUGACAUACCGUCAGAGAACGAUGAUGAUAACCGAAAGGAGGAUGGUCCAGAAACUGAUAAUAAUAAUGUUACCGAGGAAACAGGGUCUGAUCAGCAACCAGAAACUGAAAACCCUGAAAAUGAUGGAGAUAAUGGGACGGAUAAAAAUACUGGCCAUCACAUGACGCCAACUAUCCCAACUGGUGUUCAUUUGAUAGUAUCAAUUUUCAUUAUUGGCUGUGUGUUCUUACUCUUACAUUUUAUGUUUUUUGUUAGAACGCGUAGAAGGAUAAAAAGAGUAAGAGCCAGCAACUACGAUUAUGAUGUGAUCGAUACAGAUGCAGAAUAUGAUUCUACAAACGAAUCGUCAUCUACUCCUCUUCCGGAUACAUUCAGAUUAUCUGAUAUCGAUGACAACGAGUUUGAUAUAUCAGACGAAGAAAAUACUCAAUACAAUCAUUUGUUUAAUAAUGAUGAAUCGCUGGAUCAACGUCUAUUGGAUUCCGAUAAUCCAGAACAAAACCCAACAGGCGAACAAGCACAAACACAUUCAUCUGACACAUAA